AUGCCAAGGCAAAGCUACCGCGAACACCGCGCAGCGCGCAACCGCGCUCUGUCGGCGUACGGGAGCGAAGCUGGCGACCUCGAAAGCGUCGCGUCCUACUCGACCCUGGCGAGCAUCACAACCAUGGGCAGUGUCGCCGCGUCCUCGUAUCCCGUGUCGGCGGCUGGCGGCUCGGGUUUCCGCAGUCACGCCGGCAGCGGCGGCGGCGGGGGCAGCAUCUCGUCGCUGCGUGGCCUCGGCGUGCCCGUGCGCGACGGCACACCGGCGUCCAACGCGCCCGACGGCGGACUCGCUCCCCCCUGGGUCCCAAGACCGCGGACAGGCAGCACGCCGGCGAGCGCCGUGUCGGGCAACCACUACUACCUGCACAACGCCGCCAGCGGACGGUCGAGUUCCGUCGGUGUCGGCUCGAGCCCACGACAGCGGCGGGACAGCUCGUCCUUGUCCGCGGCCACUGGCAGGUCGGCGACGCCAUCGGCGCCCCUUUCGCCGCGCAUGUCGUCGUCUCCGCGUCUCUCCGCCAGCCGCGAUGCCCCGCACACAUUGCCCCCAUCGCCAAACCACGUCCAGUCCUCGUUACCGCGCCCGGGGGGCCAUGCGCGGCGCGACUCGGGGUCGCCCGUGUCGAGCCUGCGCGCGCGCCCGGGGCUUCCCCACGUCCACAGCACGCAGUCCGAGCCGCCAAGGGAGACAAAGGAGAGCAGCAGCAGUGACGCGCGGCGGAGGAAACGCGCCAAGAACGAAGAACGCUGGCGCCGCGUCCGCGCCCGCGAGGCCGCGCACGAUGCCCCGCUCCGCCGUGCAGCCAAGGUCUCGCAGUCGAAAUGGGGCAGUAAAGGCGCAUACGGCGCCGUGCUCGCUGCUGCCUUGUUGGGGCGGCUCGUGCUGACCGCCCUGGCGCUUUACUUUAGCCGGACAGUGCGCAACACGCUCGCUGCGCAGGUCGUCGUCGCGCGCGGCGCAUGUGUCAACAGCCCAAAAGUGUGGGCACCAGUGUGCAACGCGCUCUACGCCGGCCCCUCGACUGGUCUCGUGCCAACUCUGGCUGUGCUCAGCGGCCACCUCGCCCUCGAAGCCAGCAUGGGAUGGGGCGCCGCGCUAGCCUGGGCCGUGAUUGAGGGCUGGCGCGAAGGGCGGACGACAAGGACCAAGAUUGCCGCGGUGGUGUACAUGUCUCUGGCGCCGGUCCUUGCGCUGUCUGACGGCGCGUUGUUGCAAAUCCGUACUGUGCCCCUCGGCCUCGUCGCGUGGGCUCUGCUGGCCUCUUGUUCCGGUCGCGACACACUCGCGGCCGCGGCGCUCGCCGGUGCCGUGUGGUUUGACAAGUCCGCAAUGGUCUACCUCCCAGGCUUUGGCGUGUAUGCCAUUGGCAAGCGGAUAUGGCUCGGACGGCAGCGGGGUCGCGGUUACCUCUCCCAUCUCCUCAUCGCUGCCAUGUUCGCCCUCGCGGGCCUCGAGGCCCUGCGGCCCGUUCCGCUUCGCCAGCGCGUCGGUGGUAUUCUCUCCGCGCUCAGGACGUGUGUGCGCCCAGAGACGGCCGGCACGUGCUUGAAGCCAUUACUCUCGGUCGUCUCGAUCCGCGGCGUCCUCACACUCGCUGCAUGGGCUCCAUCAGUGUACCUCGUUCUCCGCGCGUCCCACGCCCUCCGCCCCUCGCCAGCCGAACCCGCCACCCCACGCUCCGUGCCGGCCACCACCCGUCUCCUGCCACUGGCACUGACGGCCACGACGGCCGCCGUGUCGUUCGCGCACGCCGACGCGGCCUUGCCGCUCCUCCCCUUGGCGCUCAUGAGUUCCCUGCGCGGCGACGACGACGAGUGGGCCGUCGCCGUACAGUGCCAGCAAGUCGCGGCCAUUGCGCUGUGGCCGCAGCUCGGCACCCUCGUGCCCCUCGCCGCGGGCUACCAGAUGGCGUGGGCGUGGCUCAUCGGCGCAAGGACCGACGCGCCGCACCCGGCCAUCCGGGCCCACCAGCUGGUCACGGCGUGGGGCAUCCCGGCCGUCCUGGCCGUGUCCCUCCUGGCCAUGGUGCCGCAGCUGCACCUCGCCGGCGUUCUGGCCACGUUGCUGCCGUACGCGCUCGUUGUGCAGCGCGCGUUCGUCAUGGCCAGCGUGGCGCUGUUGGUCGUGUGGGGCAAUGUACGCCUGCUCAAGACGGCGUGGGCCAUUGGCGCGUUGUGA